AUGACGACUGAUAUUUCCGUUGUCCGGUGGGACCCGAGCCAGGGUCCCGGCAACGAGUUUAUCGAAGAUUUGGAAUACGACGGAGGAAACUCCAGUUCACGUUUAUUCGAACGAUCACGCAUCAAGGCUCUCGCAGAGGAGCGUGAAAGUGUUCAGAAAAAGACAUUCACAAAAUGGGUCAACUCGCACCUCGUUCGGGUGAACAGCCCGAUCAAAGACCUGUACGUCGAUAUGCGCGACGGUAAAAACCUGAUCAAACUGCUCGAAGUGCUAUCGGGCGAGCGUCUACCGCGACCGACCAAGGGCAAGAUGCGCAUCCACUGCCUCGAGAACGUGGACAAGGCAUUGCAGUUCCUGCGCGAGCAGCGCGUCCACCUGGAAAACAUUGGUUCGCACGAUAUCGUCGAUGGAAAUGCCAGCCUGAAUCUGGGUUUGAUCUGGACCAUCAUCCUACGCUUCCAGAUUCAAGACAUCACUAUCGAGGAAACGGACAACAAAGAAACAAAGUCCGCCAAGGAUGCCCUGCUGCUGUGGUGUCAGAUGAAGACGGCCGGCUAUCACAAUGUGAACGUGCGCAACUUCACCACCUCGUGGCGCGAUGGGUUGGCUUUCAAUGCGAUCAUCCACAAGCACCGGCCCGACCUGAUACAGUUCGACAAGCUGUCCAAGACGAAUCCGAUUCAGAACCUUAACAACGCGUUCAACGUGGCGGAAGAGAAGCUCGGUCUCACGAAGCUGCUCGACGCCGAGGACAUCUUUGUCGAUCAUCCGGACGAGAAGUCGAUCAUCACGUACGUGGUGACGUACUACCACUACUUCAGCAAGCUGAAACAGGAGACGGUUCAGGGCAAGCGUAUCGGCAAAGUGGUCGGCAUCGCGAUGGACAACGAUCGGAUGAUCAACGAGUACGAGUCGCUGACGAGCGAACUGCUGAAGUGGAUCGAGGUUACGAUCGUCCAGCUAGGUGAUCGUCAUUUUGUCAACUCACUAGCCGGUGUGCAGCAGCAGCUGGCUCAGUUCGCGAACUAUCGUACGGUCGAGAAGCCGCCAAAGUUCGUGGAGAAGGGCAACCUCGAGGUUCUGCUGUUUACGCUACAAUCGAAGAUGCGAGCGAAUAACCAGAAACCGUACACGCCCCGCGAAGGCAAGAUGAUUUCCGACAUCAACAAGGCGUGGGAACGGCUGGAGAAGGCCGAGCACGAGCGUGAGCUGGCACUGCGCGAAGAGCUGAUCCGGCAGGAGAAGCUGGAGCAGCUGGCGGCUCGCUUCAAUCGUAAGGCGACGAUGCGCGAAACGUGGCUAUCCGAGAACCAGCGGUUGGUGAGCACGGACAAUUUUGGUUUCGAUUUGGCUGCGGUGGAAGCGGCGGCCAAGAAGCACGAAGCCAUCGAGACGGACAUCUUCGCGUACGAGGAGCGUGUGCAAGCGGUGGUGGCGGUGUGCAACGAACUCGAGGCAGAAAAGUACCACGACAUCGAGCGUAUCGCGGCACGCAAGGACAAUGUGCUACGGCUGUGGAACUACCUGCUCGAGUUGCUGCGCGCACGCCGCAUGCGGCUCGAGUUCUCGAUUCAACUGCAGCAAAACUUCCAGGAGAUGAUCUACAUUCUCGACUCAAUGGAGGAGAUCAAGCAGCGUCUGCUGACGGACGACUACGGCAAGCAUCUUAUGGGGGUAGAGGACUUGCUGCAGAAACAUUCGCUUGUCGAGGCCGACAUCAACGUACUAGGCGAUCGUGUCAAGCAGGUGGUGCAGAAUUCACAAAAAUUCCUCGUCGACGAAGAGGACAACUACAAACCGUGCGAUCCAUCGAUCAUCGUCGACCGUGUUCAGCGCCUGGAGGAUGCGUACGCCGAGCUGUGCAAGCUAGCGGUGGAGCGCCGCUCGCGUCUCGAAGAGAGCCGUAAAUUGUGGCAGUUCUACUGGGACAUGGCAGACGAGGAGAACUGGAUCAAGGAGAAGGAACAAAUAGUUUCGACCGACGAGAUCGGGCACGAUCUGACAACGGUGAACCUGCUGCUAUCGAAGCACAAGGCCCUCGAGUCGGAGAUUCAAUCGCACGAUCCGCAACUACAGGCGGUGAGUGAGGUGGGUGAUGAGCUGGUGCGCCGAGGACACUUCGGUGCCGAUCGCAUCGACGAGCGAUUGAAGGAGAUCCUCUCAAUGUGGAACCACUUGCGUGAUCUUACCGAGUACCGACGCCGACGGCUCGAGAAUGCCGUCGACUACUUCCAGCUCUUUGCUGAUGCGGACGACAUCGACAACUGGAUGUUGGACGCGUUGCGUUUGGUGUCGUCGGAGGACGUCGGCCGAGACGAAGCGAACGUGCAGAGCUUGCUGAAGAAGCACAAGGACGUGGCGGAUGAGUUGAAGAAUUACGCCGAAACGAUCGAGCAGCUGCGCGCACAGGCGGACCGACUGACGCUGAACGAACCGGAGCAGAGCAAGGUGCAGGAGCGGCUAGAGGCAAUCGAAGCUCGCUACCGGGAGUUGAUGGAGCUGGCGAAGCUGCGCAAACAACGUCUACUCGAUGCCCUCAGUCUGUACAAGCUGAUCUCCGAGAGCGAUGGUGUGGAGCAGUGGAUCGGCGAGAAGGAGCGUAUGUUAGACACGAUGGUGCCUGGCAAGGACAUCGAGGAUGUUGAAAUCAUGAAGCAUCGUUACGACGGUUUCGACAAGGAAAUGAACGCGAACGCAUCGCGCGUAGCCGUUGUCAAUCAACUCGCUCGUCAGCUGCUGCACGUGGAGCACCCGAACUCGGAGGAAAUUCUAAUGAAGCAGAACCACCUGAACCAGGCGUGGUCGGCGCUGCGCGAACAGGCCGAGGCCAAGCGGGACGAUCUGAAGUCGGCGCACGGUGUACAAACGUUCUACAUCGAGUGUCGCGAGACGAUCUCGUGGAUCGAGGACAAGAAGCGCAUCCUCACCGAGACGGACAGCUUGCAGAUGGAUCUGACCGGUGUGAUGACUCUGCAGCGCCGACUGAGCGGUAUGGAGCGCGAUUUGGCCGCCAUUCAGGCGAAGCUUACAGCUCUCGAGAGCGAAGCAGACGCCAUCGAGGGUGAGCACCCGGAGGAGGCCGCCCUGAUCCGGGAGCGCGUGGCUCAGAUUCAAAUCAUUUGGGAGCAGCUGACGCAGAUGCUGAAGGAGCGCGAUUCGAAGUUGGAAGAGGCCGGCGAUCUGCAUCGCUUCCUGCGCGAUCUCGAUCACUUCCAGGCGUGGCUAACGAAAACACAAACCGAUGUGGCAUCCGAAGAUACGCCAACCUCGCUGCCCGAAGCGGAGAAGCUACUCAAUCAGCACCAGAGCAUCCGCGAAGAGAUUGACAACUACACCGAGGACUACAAGAAGAUGAUGGAGUACGGCGAAGGUUUGACGUCGGAACCGAGUCAAACGGAAGACCCACAGUACAUGUUCUUGCGCGAGCGAUUGCGUGCGUUGAAGGACGGAUGGGAAGAGUUGCACCAGAUGUGGGAAAAUCGACAGGUGCUGCUGUCGCAGGGCUUGGACCAACAGCUGUUCAAUCGGGACGCUCGGCAGGCGGAGGUUCUACUCAGCCAGCAGGAACACGUUCUCAGCAAGGACGACACGCCGGUUAACCUCGAGCAGGCUGAGAAUCAACUGAAGCGUCAUGAAGCAUUCCUAACGACGAUGGAAGCCAAUGACGAGAAGUUCAACACGAUCGUGCAGGUGGCGGACCAGAUGACGAGCAAGGAGCACUUCGACGCGGAUAAGAUUGGCAAGCGAGCGGAGAGCAUUGCCCAUCGGCGCGAUGACAAUCGCAACCGAGCGCUCGAGCUACACGAGAAGCUGAAGAAUCAGGUAAAGCUGCACGAGUUCCUGCAGGACAUCGAAGAGCUGACCGAGUGGGUGCAGGAAAAGUACAUCACCGCGCAGGACGACACGUACCGCAGUGCGAAAACUGUGCACUCCAAGUGGACACGCCACCAGGCGUUCGAGGCUGAGAUUGCGGCUAACAAGGAGCGACUGCACGAGGCGAAAAAGGCCGCCCAGGAGCUGAUGGUGGAGAAGCCCGAGUUCAAGGAGAUCAUCGAACCGAAGCUGAGCGACCUGUCGAAGCACUUCGAUGAGCUGGAAACGAGCACGAAAGAGAAGGGUGCGCUACUGUUCGAUGCUAAGCGCGAGGUGAUCGUGCAGCAGAGUGUCGACGACAUUGACUCGUGGAUGGAUGACCUUGAGAAGCAGAUUAUCAACACCGACACCGGCAGCGAUCUGACGUCCGUCAACAUCCUAAUGCAGAGGCAGCAAAUCAUCCAAACGCAGAUGGCAGUGAAGGCCCGCCAGGUCGAAGAGCUUGAUAAGCAGACCGAGGUCCUGACCAAGACUGCACCGCAGGAUGUGGUCGAACCGAUUGUCGAGAAGAAGACCGCAGUCAACGCGCGUUUCGAGAAGAUCAAGGCCCCGCUGCUCGAACGCCAACGCCAGCUAGAGAAGAAGAAGGAAGCGUUCCAGUUCCGGCGCGACGUGGAAGACGAGAAACUAUGGAUCGACGAGAAGCUUCCGUUGGCCGCGUCGACCGAGUAUGGCAGCUCGCUGUUUAAUGUGCACGUGCUAAAAAAGAAGCACCAGUCGCUCAACACCGAGAUCGAUAAUCACGAGCCACGCAUCAUGACGAUCUGCAACAAUGGACAGAAGCUGAUCGAUGAGGGCCACGAAGAUGCUGGACCGUACGCGGCACUGAUCAGCGAGCUCACGCAGAAGUGGCAAGAGUUGCGCGAUGCCGUCGAAGCACGCCACCGUCAACUCGAUCAGUCCGAGAAGGUGCAGCAGUACUUCUUCGAUGCGGCCGAAGCGGAAUCGUGGAUGAGUGAGCAAGAAUUGUACAUGAUGGUGGAGGAUCGCGGCAAGGACGAAACGUCGGCCCAAAAUUUGAUGAAGAAACACGAAAGCCUUGAGCAGUCGGUGGAGGAUUACGCGGACACGAUUCGUCUGCUGGGUGAGACAGCACGGCAGCUGACGGGCGAGCAGCAUGCCUACAGCGAUCAGGUGUCGGUGAAGCAAUCACAGCUCGAUAAACUGUAUGCCGGCUUGAAGGAUCUGGCCGGCGAACGACGUGCACGGCUCGAUGAGGCUCUGCAGCUGUUUAUGCUGAGCCGUGAAGUUGAUGAUCUGGAGCAGUGGAUUACGGAGCGGGAAGUGGUUGCAGGAUCGCACGAGCUCGGCCAAGAUUACGACCACAUUACGCUACUGUGGGAACGGUUCAACGAGUUUGCCCAGGAUACGGCCACGGUCGGCAGCGAGCGUGUGGCCAAGGCGAACGGUAUUGCGGACGAGCUGAUCCACGCAGGCCAUUCGGACUCGGCGACUAUUGCCGAGUGGAAGGACGGCUUGAACGAGGCGUGGCAGGAUCUGCUGGAGUUGAUUGAAACGCGCAAAGCCAUGCUGGCGGCGUCACGCGAACUGCACAAAUUCUUCCAUGACUGCAAGGACGUUCUGGGACGCAUCAAUGAGAAGCAGCACGGUGUGUCGGAGGAGCUGGGACGAGAUGCCGGCGUCGUGUCGGCGUUGCAGCGCAAACACCAGAACUUUAUCCAAGACCUGAUGACACUACACGCACAGGUCCAGCAGAUCCAGGAGGAAUCGCUCAAGCUCCAGGCGGCAUACGCUGGCGAGAAGGCCAGGGAGAUAACCAACCGCGAGCACGAGGUGCUCAACGCUUGGGCCCACCUGCAGGGUAUGUGCGAGGAACGCCGCGGAAAGCUGGCCGACACGGGCGAUCUGUUCAAAUUCUUCAACAUGGUCCGCACGCUAAUGCUGUGGAUGGAGGACGUGGUGCGUCAGAUGAACACAUCGGAGAAGCCGCGCGACGUCAGCGGUGUCGAGCUACUGAUGAACAACCACCAGAGCCUCAAGGCCGAGAUCGACACGCGCGAGGAUAACUUCAGUGCGUGCCUGGCCCUUGGCAAGGAACUUUUGUCGCGCAACCACUAUGCUUCGGCUGACAUUAAGGACCGGCUUCUGCAGCUGACCAACAGCCGAAAUGCGCUCCUCCAUCGGUGGGAGGAACGCUGGGAGAACUUGCAACUGAUAUUGGAGGUGUAUCAAUUCGCCCGUGAUGCGGCCGUCGCCGAAGCAUGGCUCAUUGCACAGGAACCGUAUCUGAUGUCGACCGAGCUCGGCCACACGAUUGACGAGGUGGAAAAUCUAAUCAAGAAGCACGAAGCCUUCGAAAAGUCGGCCGCAGCCCAAGAAGAACGCUUCAGCGCUUUGGAGCGAUUAACAACGUUUGAGCUCAAGGAAAUGAAGCGUCGCUCGGAGGCAGCGGAAGAAGCUGAACGACAACGUUUGCUAGCGGAGGCUGAGGCACGGGCCGCUGCUGAAGCAGAGGCGGAAGCGGCUCGGCAGGCAGAGGCAGCUGCUGCUGCGCGCGAUAUGGCUGAUGCUCCCGGAUCACCACAUUCCACCAAGGAGCAAGAGUCAGUUGGUGGCGAAACCGUAAUCUCUCGGCGGCACUCCGGAGUACCGAAAGAGCGGUCCAGCAGUUCGGCCAGUGCAUCGGCCGGCGUUAAGGUCAGUCGACGGUCACGCUCCAAGAGCCCGUUCCGAAGCUUCCGGUGGAAGCGCACCAGCUCGAAAGCGGAUGGAGCAUCAGAUGAUGAAGAUCGUCCUAGUCCAGGUGGAGCAGACGAGGGCGCACAGGAAGGCAUUCUUACGCGAAAACACGAAUGGGAGUCUACCACCAAGAAAGCUUCGAACCGUUCCUGGGAUAAGUUGUACUGCGUUGCCCGUAGCGGCAGGUUAACAUUCUUCAAGGAUCAAAGAUCAUCGAAAUCAGUACCGGAACAGACGUUCCGCGGCGAGCCACCGUUGGACCUGAAGGGAGCUCAGAUUGAGAUCGCUACCGACUACACCAAAAAGAAGCAUGUGUUCCGAAUCAAGCUAUCGAACGGAGGCGAAUUCCUGCUACAGUGUCACGAUGACGCCGAAAUGAAUCAAUGGGUAACGGCUUUGAAAGCACAAUGCGAGCUUGACGCUAGUGGCGAAGGCCGCUCGCUGACGCUACCCGCUUCCUCUCAGAAGGAUGAACAGAAGAGACGGUCAUUCUUUACACUGAAGAAAAAUUAAAAACAUUACGAAAACAUACAUGAAUUGGUUAAACAAAACAGCAAACAGCAAAGCACCACAACAACAUCAAAAUCAACAUUUACCACUCCCGUUACGAAAUAACAAACAAAAACGAGCCACAAGGUCACGCAACUUUACCUAGCCGUGCGCUCACAAAAGAAAACAAAAAAUGCCAGUGCGCCUGCCAACAACACCGCCUACAACAACACCAUAAUUCCUCCCGCAAAUUGGACGUUCCAGUUUCGUUUGGUUUCGUAUGAUUUCUGACUUGCGAAAGGAGAAACCAAUUCCUUCGUUCACUCAAACUUCUUCCAUACUCCAAACUCGUGUGAAAACACGGAAGAAAGUCGUAGAACCGAACAGGCAGGAAGCGAGAUAGAGCCAGUGCAACGAAGCAGAAAAGUGGAUCACGCAAAGUUUAUGCCAGUAGCAGUACAAUAAGAUGAAUGGAGUCUAUUCUUAUUCUCGAUAUUUUUUUACGAACGAUCAGACGAAGUUGACGUAUCGAUUGAGUUAGUUUAAGGAAUGUCUGUUUUAUUUCCGUUCGAGCAAGAAUAUUGUUUUCUGUUUUCUUUUUGAUAAUAUUUUUAACAAAUUGACUAAAUUUGCUGCCAAUGCAAAUGCCGCCCGCGUACUGAGUCAAGUAAGUCAAUGAGGAAGUUACAAGAGCGUGAAAAGUUAGAGAAAUAGAAGAAAAACAACGCAAACGCCUAAACGAGAUGCUCCUUCAUUCAUGAG